AGGCGGGGGGUAAGUGAGAAGCCACCAAACAUGAGCUGGGAGAGGCUUCUGCAGCAGAUUCUGCCUACUCAAGAUCAUCCUUCUGUUUCUUUUUAAAAUUCGGUCGGUGAUUUUGAGAUCUUUCCGUCCACCAAUUUCUUACUUAGUGUUCUUUUUUUUUUUUUUUUUUAAAUUGGACGUGUGAAUUGAAAAUGAAACUAAAUAUUGCCAUCUUCUUUGGGGCCCUCUUCGGUGCUUUGGGAGUCUUUCUCUUUUUGGUGGCCUUUGGAUCAGAUUAUUGGCUUCUUGCAACUGAAGUGGGGAGAUGUUCCGGUGAACACAAUAUAGAGAAUGCGACUUUCCACCACGAAGGAUUUUUCUGGAGAUGUUGGUUUAAUGGGAUUGUGGUCGAGAAUGAUUCCCACAUCUGGAAGUUCUGGUAUACCAACCAGCCACAAUCCAAGAACUGCACACAUGCUUACCUGUCACCAUACCCCUUCAUGAGAGGCGAGCACAACUCAACCUCCUACGACUCCGCACUGAGUAAUAUUAUCACGUCCGCAUCAUCUUUGGAGUUUUACAACAGCUCCAAGAUUGACUGCCCCUCGAGUUACACUCAUCUUACACAAGUCAAGUACGCAUUUGCAGCUAGGAAUAACGCCCUAGAUGGCAUCCUGUUCUCCCUGGUGGUGGUGCUCUAUGUCAUCUGGGUCCAGGCUGUGGCAGACAUGGAAAGCUACACAGACAUGAAGCUGAAGAGCUGCUUGGAUUUUACCCCUUCUGUUCUGUAUGGCUGGUCAUUUUUUUUGGCCCCAGCUGGGAUAUUUUUUGCUUUGCUAGCUGGGUUGCUGUUUCUCGUUGUGGGUCACCAUAUUCAGACUCACCACUAAUGAAAUGAUCAUUACCAACAGCAUUGUCUUGAGAAAGUUUAAAACAGAACAGGCUUUUUCCUCCUCCUUC